AUGCCAACCCAGUGCAGCAUAUGCGAGUCGGCCCGCGCCCUCGUCAAGCGACCAAAGACAGGUCAGCAGGUGUGCAAGCAGUGCUUCUUCGACGUCUUCGAGACCGAGGUGCAUGAGACUAUCACGAAGAGCGGCGCCGGAGGAGGGAGCAUCUUUGAGCGCGGAGAGCGUGUGGCUAUCGGAGCAAGCGGUGGGAAAGAUUCGACGGUUCUCGCUCAUGUCUUGACGACGCUGAACCAGCGCUACGAUUAUGGUCUUGACCUGCAUCUGCUCUCGAUUGACGAGGGCAUCAAGGGAUACCGAGAUGACUCUCUGGAGACCGUGAAGCAGAACCAAGCCGAAUAUGGGCUUCCCCUGAAGAUCUUGUCCUACGAUGAGCUAUACGGCUGGACGAUGGACCGCGUCGUCGACCAAGUCGGCAAGAAAAACAACUGCACGUUCUGCGGCGUCUUCCGAAGACAGGCGCUGGACCGCGGCGCCGCCGAGCUCGGCAUCGAGCACAUCGUGACAGGCCACAACGCGGAUGACAUCGCCGAGACGGUCCUCAUGAACAUUCUUCGCGGUGAUGUCGCGCGCCUCGGUCGCUGCACGGCAGUGACGACCCAAGGCGACGACACGAUCAAGCGCUCCAAGCCCUUCAAGUACGCCUACGAGAAGGAGAUCGUCAUGUACGCCUACUUCAAGAAGUUGACCUACUUCUCCACAGAGUGCAUCUAUUCUCCCGAGGGAUCUGGAGGCGGUGCGCCCCUCAGCGAUCAUCGACAUCAUCCGUUCAGGCGAGAGCUUCGUGCUCGACAAGAAGACGAAGGGCAACUUGAAGUCCAUGCCGCUGCGGAUACAUCUCCUCGAACGAUCUCUGCAAAGCCUGCGCUCUCCUGCAGGGUCUCGAGAGCGGACUUGAUCGCCAGGCUCUCCUACUCUCCGAGUGGCGAGGCGCCGGCCGGCCAGCGCACGAUCCCGAAGUACCAGCGCAAGCUGCGCGUCGCGGAGGGCACGGAGGGCGUGGAGGGAAUCGAGCGACCGCUCGCCAAGCUCGAGGUCAGCGCGGAGUAG